AUGUCUACUAGUACAACAGCUAGACUGAUGAGAAGAAUCUUACCUGAAGUGUCGCUUGCCAAACGGGUCGUAUCCACAUCAUGUUCCAGUAGAAGCGCAAGAGUGGCGGCAGUAGAAACUCUGGAUAUCAAAAGAUGUCCACUGCAUCGAACAAUGGAAUCAAUAGAACAACUCGUACAAUCUCCCAUACAAUCUGCGGAACGGCACGCGGAACCAGUGGACUGCCAGAUCGAAUCGAAGUCGACCUCAGCUGCUCAACCGUUCGAAGCCAUCCCCGGGCCUAAAGGACUCCCCAUAAUCGGAACUCUGUUUGAUUACUUUAAAAAGGAUGGUCUCCGGUUCGAUAAAAUGUUUGAGGCUUACCGACAACGUAGUUUAGAAUACGGGCCUAUUUACAAGGAGAAGAUUGGACCCCUUCAGAACGUGGUGAUCAGCGACCCGGAAAUCUACAGCGCUGUGAUACGAGCGGAAACCAAGACGCCCAUCAGGCGAGAGAUGGAACCUAUGGCCCACUACAGAACAAAGAAAGGCAUUGGUCUGGGCAUCGUCAACUCACAAGGUGAGGAAUGGUACAAGUACAGAUCCGCCGUCAACAAAAAGAUGAUGGUGCCGAAAACCAUCGCGGAGUACUGCGGUUCUCUGGGCGAGGUGAGCGACGACUUCGUGACGCGACUCAACUACAUCAGAGACGACGUCAAUCACGAGGUGCCGCAGCUGGAGAAAGAAAUCUUCAAAUGGGCCAUGGAAUCAAUCGGAACAUUGCUGUUUGACGAAAGAAUCGGUUGUCUGAGUAACCAGCCACAGAAGGAGGCCCAUGCUUUCAUAGACAAUUUACAAGGCUGCUUUGUGCUUCAACAACCGUUGAUGUACAAUCUGCCACUGUACAAAUAUUUCCCCACCAAACUGUGGAAGGCUUAUGAAAAAUAUUUCGACAAUGUCCUGACCCUUGGAACACAUUUUGUGGACAAGAAAGUGCGAGCUAUGCAGGUUUCAGAAGAAAACGGUGAGACACCCGACAAAGCGUCGUUCCUCACCUACCUGCUCUCCCAGCAGUCCCUGUCACCGAGUGAAGCGGUCGAGACGGCGGUGGAACUACUCAUGAGUGCUGUCGAAACGACGUCUAAUGCCACAGUGUGGUGCCUGUACAACCUGGCAAAACACCCAGACGUCCAGUCAAAGAUGGUGACUGAAAUCAACAAAGCUCUGCCAAAUAAUGAAACUCUUACGGCCAGCAAACUGUCUGAACUUCCAUACGUGAAAUCUGUAUUGAAAGAAACGCUGAGGUUAUUCCCGAUUACUUAUGCCACCAGUAGAGUGUUACCUGCAGAUCUGGAGGUGGCCGGUUACAACAUUCCCAAGGGGACACACGUACAGGCCAAUCUGUGGAAGAUGUACAGAGACCCGCAGUAUUUCUCCGACCCCGAGUCCUUCAAACCUGAGAGAUGGCUGAGAAGUGAAAACUCUGGCGCCAACCUGACAAAACAAAAUGGCUUGCUGAAUCUCGUGUGGGGACACGGUUCCCGCAUGUGCCUUGGCCGACGUUUCGCUGAACACGAAAUGCAUAUGGCAUUAUCAAAGAUCGUGCAGAACUUCCAGCUGGGGUACAAUCACGAUGACGUAGAACCUAUUCUUAUGACAGUCAUGACUCCGGAUCAGCCAGUCAAAAUCAGCUUUACUCCCAGGGCGUCCUCGUAGUGACGUCACCAACACAGCGCCCCUUGCUACACAACUGUGAUGAACCGGUCUUUCGACAAGGAUACAGCACUGCUUUUUCAUAAGAAGAUUUAGGAAUUAUUUCGGAGAGAGUCUAUUGUUCAACUCAAUUAUUAUUUUUACACGCUCGUUUAGUGCAAAUAUUUGUGCAAACUAUAUAUAAUAGAAGAGAAAAAUUACAAAUCUUAAACAUAAUCAUAUCGAACAGCAUUGAAAAUCUCACUUAAGCGUUAAUUAAUAAAUGCU